AUGUCUAGUCGCUGAAACCCCACUAAUGGCAGCGGAUGAAUCCAGUAUCGCCUGAUACGCUGGCCGUGACCCCGGCUCAUUCAUUCAUUGUCUGCUCGCCUUUCACCUUAUCUUCGCCGCUCGCUCCUCCUUUCCCUUCCUCUUCUUUCUUCUCCUUCUCCUUCUCCUCACAGCAACCAACAAGUCUUUCGUUUUGUCCCACCUUUUGCGCUCGUUCGCUAUCUUCUCCACCCCCAGAUCAAUCUAACGUCUGUCGUUUCCUCCCCCCUCAUUGAUCUAUCUCUCAAUCUAUUUAUCUCUCUAUCCACCAAAAUGAAGUUCAACAGCGCCCUCGCUUUGUCCUCUCUACUGGCCCUGGCCGUCGCCCAGGACGCCUCCUCCACCACUGCCAGCGCGACCACCACCGCCAGCUUGUCUCCCCAGGCCUCCUGCGCGACCAAGUGCGCUGACACCGACAUCUGCUGCAUCGCUGAAUGCUACCAAGUCCCCUGCCCCAACAACGCCCAGGCCAACGACACCACCAGCUGCGUUGCUGCCUGUCCCCAGGGCUCCGGCUCCCCCAGCGACCAGAAGUCCUACGCCAGCUGCCAGAGCAGUUGCUACAGCAGCUACUUCUUCCCAGCCAGCGCGACUGGCGCGUCGGGCUCGUCCGCCACCACGGCCGGCUCCAACGACGCCAGCACCACCAAGAGUGGAAGCUCCUCUUCAUCCACUGGAUCCAGCUCCAACCACAAGUCCGGCUCCUCUGGUUCUGGAACCGGAACCAGCACUGCGACAGGCUCUCACGCCAGCUCGACCGAAAACGCCGCUGCCAUCACGCAGCUCAAGCUGGGAGUUUCCGCGGCCGGUGUCGUGGGAUUCAUUCUGGCUGCUUGGGCUCUGUAAAUGAACCAAGCCACACCAGAUCUACCCCCGCAAAUACCAGACCCCCUCCCCCUCCUACACCUCUGUGUUAAUAUGAUGGACCCCUUAUUAUUGAGUUACGGGAAACAGAACAAAUAGUAAUAUGUGAAAUUUGUAUUCAUGCGCUUUUAUCUUACUUGCUUGACUUGCUUGAUUUAUCUAUAUACUUCAAUCAACUAUCCUAACCCAUAUCUUACUUCGGUUCUGUAUCUUUUUAUUCCUUCUCUUCUCUUCUCUUCACUUCUCAAUACCUUGUGACGAUCGUACUGAGCUAGCGAUGUGAUUGAUCCCAUCAAUUUAUAGGUACUCACAUAUUGAUUGAUGGAUUUCGUUCAUUACAUAACACAACCAAGUCAAACUGUACUAUCACUCAUAGUAGAUAUACCCAUUACCCACAAUAAUCAAGCAGUAAACACCCC